AUGUGUGAUAGUCCAUUGAGCAAAAAGCAAAAGCGGAAGGCUACCGAAGAACCAGAAUUAUCUCUUAAUGAUACGGACGCCGAACGAGAAUCACGGGUAGAAAACCGAGUCAAUCGCACUGAGAAGACACCAGAUCCAAAUUCGCCUUCUUUAGAAUCUUCGUAUGCGAGAUCUCACACUCCUAGGAAGCUUGUUCUAAGCUCUGGUGAAAAUCGAUACGCCUUUUCUCAACCCACAAACUCAGCAACAACAUCGCUUCAUGUGCCGAAUUUACAACCGCCGAAAGUGUCUUCUAGAGGCCGUGAUUAUAAGGCUUACUCUCAAUCGCCGCCUAGGUCUCCAGGAAGAUCUCCGGCUAGGAGAUUAGAAUUGCUCCAGCUCUCGCCAGUGAAAAAUAGUAGAAUCGAGUUACAGAAACUCUACGACAGCCACAAAUCGUCGGGAAAGCAACAAGGUAGGCUGUUUAUUAACAAACUAGUAUUAGAUAAUUUUAAAUCUUAUGCUGGUAGACAAGUAGUAGGCCCUUUUCAUACCAGCUUUUCGGCAGUAGUUGGUCCCAAUGGUUCAGGCAAAUCGAAUGUCAUCGAUUCGAUGUUAUUUGUAUUUGGGUUUAGAGCGAAUAAGAUGAGACAAGACAGAUUGUCUGACUUGAUUCAUAAAUCAGAAGCUUUCCCAGAUUUACAAGCAUGUUCUGUGGCAGUACAUUUUGAGUAUAUUAUUGAUGAGCCUUCAGGUACUUCUCGAAUCGAUGAAGAAAAGCCUGGACUAGUGAUCACAAGAAGGGCAUUUAAAAACAAUUCGUCGAAGUAUUAUAUAAAUGAAAAAGAAAGUAGCUAUACAGAGGUAACAAAGCUUCUAAAAAAAGAAGGUAUUGAUUUAGACCACAAAAGAUUCUUAAUUUUACAGGGUGAAGUUGAGAAUAUUGCCCAGAUGAAGCCAAAAGCAGAAAAGGAGAGCGAUGAUGGAUUACUCGAAUAUCUGGAGGAUAUAAUUGGGACAGCAAACUACAAACCGUUGAUCGAAGAGCGACUGAGUCAAAUUGAGAGCUUGAAUGAAAUAUGCCUGGAGAAGGCAAAUAGGUUUGAAAUUGUCGAUAGAGAGAAAAAUUCAUUAGAGUCGGGGAAAGAAACUGCAUUGGAAUUUCUGAAAAAAGAAAAGCAACUAACGCUUUUGAAGUCAAAAUUACUUCAAUUCAAAAUGCUACAAAGCAACUCUAAACUAGCUAGCACAUUAGAGAAGAUUUCAUCUUUGAAUAGAGAGUUCGAAUCCGAAAAGAAAAAAUUUCAAGAAUCUUUGAGAGAAGUGGACGAAGUUAAAGCUCAGCAUAAAGAUAUUAAGGAUCGAAUAUCAUCUUCUACUUCUCGAGAAAAAACCCUCUCCUUGGAAAAGAGAGAAUUAGAAGGCAGUAGAGUUUCUUUAGAAGAAAGAACAAAAAAUCUGGUUAAUAAAAUGGGGAAGGCUGAAAAGGCCCUAAAGUCAACCAAACAUUCAAUAUCCGAAUCUGAGCAUAUGUUUCAAGAGCUUCAAAGACAGCAAACUGAACAUGAAAAAGAGAUCAAGGAUUUGAACCAGUCGUUGGAAGAGGAACGCAUAAUACUUGAUGAUAUCAAAUUAUCUUUGAAGGAUAAAACCAAGGACAUUUCUGCAAAGAUUAUUCGGCAUGAAAAGGAAUCGGAGCCAUGGGAUCUCCAACUUCAAGAGAAAAAAUCCCAAAUACAGUUGGCCGAAUCCGAACUAUCUUUACUGGAAGAAACUCGAGCCAAGUUAAAAAAAAAUGCUGAAGCCUUGGAAGAAAAAAUUAUUUCGAAGAAACAACGCAAGCAGGAGCUGCAAGGUCUUGUUCUCGACCUUAGUCAGAGGUUGAAGUCACUUAUAGAUGGAAGGUCACAGGGUGAAAGGGAUUUUCGUUCUGCUCAUCUGAAACUAAAAGAGAUGCAAAGGAUUUUAAACGCCCACCGUCAGCGUGCGAUGGAAGCUCGAUCCUCUCUAUCAAAAGCUCAGAAUAAAAAUAUGGUUUUAACUGCUCUAUCGAAACUGCAAAAGUCAGGGCGUAUAAAUGGGUUCCAUGGACGUUUGGGAGAUUUGGGUGUCAUUGACAAUAGCUUUGAUGUGGCUAUUUCCACGGCUUGCCCAAGACUAGAUGAUGUUGUCGUUGAUACUGUAGAAUGUGCGCAGCACUGCAUCGACUACUUGAGAAAAAAUAAACUUGGUUACGCAAGGUUCAUUCUUUUGGACAGGCUACGUAAAUUCAACUUACAACCUAUAAGUACACCAGAAAACGUACCAAGGUUAUUCGACGUAGUCAAGCCCAAAGAUCCCAAAUUUUCAAACGCAUUCUACAGUGUCCUAAAAGAUACUUUAGUUGCUCGGGAUUUAAAGCAGGCUAACAAAGUUGCGUACGGCAAGAGGAGAUUCAGAGUGGUCACCGUAGAUGGAAAAUUAAUUGAUAUUUCUGGUACAAUGAGCGGCGGUGGUAACCAUGUAAUGAAAGGUUUAAUGAGGUUAGGUACGAAUCAGUCGGACGAAAUAGAAGAUUAUACACCUGAAGAAGUGAUUAAAAUCGAGCAUGAGUUGGCUGAAAGAGAAAAAAACUUCCGUGUGGCAAACGAUACAGUCCACGAGAUGGAGGAAGAACUAAAAAAAGUGAGAGAUCAAGAACCGGACUUGGAGUCUCAAAUAUCAAGGGCAGAAAUGGAAGCCGAUUCUUUAACUAGUGAAUUGAUGCUAGCAGAACAACAGGCAAAGGAAGCGAAAAUGGCGUAUGAUAAGGCGGUCAAUGAAAAAACGCAAGUAAACGAGGUCAUGAAGAAUCUGGAACAUUUGAGAGGUGAAUACGAGGACUUGCAAUCUGAAACAAGAACGAAAAAGGAACAGAUCAAAAUCUUACAGGAUCAAAUUAUGAAAAUUGGCGGUACAAAACUGCAUACGCAAAAUUCGAAAGUCGGAUCACUUUGCCAAAGGAUAGAUAUUCUAGUCAUCAAACUAAAAAAAGUCAAGUCUGGAAUAAAGAAGUCUGAAGGAGACGUCUUAAAAUAUCAAAAGCAGCUCAAAAAUUUCGAACAAGAUGAAGAAUUAUCGUCCAAUGAGUUAAAAGUCAUCGAAGAAAAACUGAAACAAACAAAACUGGCUUUGACCGAAAAUGAUACAAAUAUGACUGAAAUAUCGAACUUGAAAAGCGAAUUGAAAGAUCAAGGUGAACAACUGAAGGAAAGAUUGACCGAGAUGGAGGAAAAUAUUGAUGAAUUCAAAUCCUUAGAAAUUGAAAUGAAGAACAAGCUGGAAAAAUUGAAUUCAUUACUGAUCCAUAUUAAAAACGAGAUAAAACAGCAAGACAAAGAACUAAAUGAUCUCUCAAUCAGAGAUGUAACACAUACGCUCCAAAUGCUGGAUAAUAAUCAAAUGGAUGUAGUUGAGGAUGGUAUUAAAGACGAGCAAGACGCCGAUCAAGACAAGCCAAGUGGAAUUCCAGAUGAUGAAAAAAUACAGGAAAAAGACGAUGCCGAUAACAAUCAUCAUUCUAUGAACAUUGAUGAGAUGUCGAGUGAAAUAUCAAGAGGAAUUCCAAAGCUUUGUGAAGAGGAGCUAAAGGAUUUGGACAUUGAGCUUCUUGAAAGUGACAUCAGCGGUCUAACCUGCUAUAUUAAUGAGACUAGCGUAGAUAUUGGAGUUUUAGAAGAGUAUGUGAGGCGCUUGAUAGAAUUUAAGAGGAGGAAGCUUGACUUGAAUCAGGCUGUUCAGAAAAGAGAUGAAGUCAAAGAACAACUAGAAAUACUCAAAAAAAAUAGAUUCGAUGAAUUUAUGAAUGGCUUCAAUAUUAUAUCAAUGACUUUGAAAGAAAUGUACCAAAUGAUCACUAUGGGUGGAAAUGCAGAAUUGGAACUUGUAGACAGCUUGGAUCCUUUUUCGGAGGGUGUCACAUUCAGUGUUAUGCCCCCUAAGAAGAGUUGGAGAAAUAUCACAAACCUCUCGGGUGGUGAGAAAACAUUAAGUUCUUUGGCUUUGGUCUUUGCCUUACACAAGUACAGGCCUACUCCCCUUUAUGUCAUGGAUGAAAUUGAUGCCGCUUUGGAUUUCAGAAACGUCUCGAUAGUGGCUAACUACAUCAAGGAAAGGACCAAAAAUGCGCAGUUCAUCGUUAUAUCGUUAAGAAACAACAUGUUCGAAUUAGCGCAACAGUUGAUUGGCAUUUAUAAAAGAGAUAAUAGAACCAAAAGCACUACAGUCAAAAACAUAGAUAUCCUAAAAAGAGAUUAG